AUGGCGAGUGCGAGAGUGAAACACCAGAUUAAAGGCAAGAGAGAGAGCACUAAUAUUAUCACACCAAAGCUUAGGACAAGGAACUGGAAGAUGAAGAUCAAGAAACAAAAGCCCAUAACCAAGACAGAAUGGCGGCAGUGUAGGCAAGCUGGCGGUACUGGAGCGGGAGACACCACGUUGCUUCUUAGAGUUCCAAGAAAUUAA